UCAGCUAUGAAUUUGAUAAGCUUCUUGAAUUUGAUAUUCGGUCAUAUAAAAAAUGACAGCUGAUACCAAGAUUACAGUAAACAACAAAGUUCUAACCUAAAAAUAUCAUUUUCAUGUUCUAUCUAUUAUUUUUUAAAAAUAGUUGAUUAUUUACGACAAAAGGGAUUUUAUCAUCAUCUUAUAUAAAAUACAAAUAUUAUACGAUGGAUAAUAGUAACAAAAUCAUCCCACCACAUCUAAAUGCUGAAAUAUAUAGAAAGGAAACCACAGGAACAUGCACUCAAUCAUACUUGGAUUUUGUCCGCACACACAAAGAUGGGUCCAUAUUAGUGGGAUGUUCAGAACUAACCGGGCGAUACUGGAAUGGAGGAGCCUUAGUUUAUCAAAGUAAUGAUGAAAAUAAAAGCCCUAAAGGCAGUUCGAAAAGACAUAUUAGUUUAACAAGCAGUAUUGCAGAUGGUUAUUUCACUGAAAGUUCAAAUAAGGUUAUAUUAUGUGAUGAUACUGGUGCCAUUCGUAUUUGGUCGAGAAAUAAUGAUGCAUGGAACGUGUGGAAUGAAGAAAUAUUGGUAGCAGAACAUGAUUCUGCAAUACUAGCCAUAGAGUGUCUUGAGCCUGAGAAAUCAUACAUUACUGCUGGUGGAGAUGGGCAUGUAAAGGUAUGGGAUGCUAGUGAAAAUAUCUUAUGUAUAAGGAAUUAUAAUCUUGCCCAUAGCAUGCCAAUACACGGUAUAUCAGUUAAGCCAAUGUCACAAUCCCACUUUGUGACAGGCUCGCUUGACUGCUUUAUUUCAUUAUGGGAUGAACACACUGACAAACCUGUUUAUGAUGUAAUUGAGAAUAAUUGUGGAAUCCGUUGCUUACAAUGGAUUGAAGAGAACAAAAUUAUAUUUGGUGAUGAAGCAGGAGUUUUGGCUUUAGUUGAUGUACGAAAUUCUGAUAAUGUAAUAAAAUUAUGUGAAUUUCCUGCAGCAGUUCAUCGGAUUGCAUUUAAUCCUGAGACAAACAAUGUUGCUGUGUGCUGUGAUAACAGAAAAGUUACAGUGUUCAACAUAGAAAAUGAUAAACCAAAGGUGAUACAUGAAAACAGUGAACACUCUAAUUUUGUAAGAGGAGUAGCCUGGGAUCAACAAGACUCAAACAUUCUGCAUACUGUGGGCUGGGAUGGUGAAUUAAAACAAUGUACUGUUAAUAAAUAAUUUAGGCUAUUGUUUGUAAUAAAAUAUUCCCACCAUCGAA